AGUUGAUUGGAGCGCAUUUUGUUGUCUUUGUACAGAGAAGAGUGGAGUCUGGUCACGCAAUUGUGUGUCUUCCCUCUUCCCCCGAAUCCUUUCAAAAUUCCCUCCCGAACCUUUCCCCCUUCUACCCUCUAAACCCUACCCCUCCCCUGAACGCGUCGGCAGGGUUCGAGCAGGCUUAACAUCAGUGACCAAAGAGCAUACAGCGGAUCCAGGUAGAUCUCCAAAGCACAGGGAUGGACUCUGGCGUGAUUGAAGGUGGACUCAAUGUCACUCUCACCAUCAGGCUCCUCAUGCAUGGUAAAGAGGUUGGCAGCAUUAUCGGGAAGAAAGGUGAAUCUGUGAAGAAGAUGCGAGAGGAGAGUGGUGCUCGCAUCAACAUUUCUGAAGGGAACUGCCCAGAGAGAAUCAUCACUUUGGCAGGGCCCACAACUGCCAUCUUCAAAGCCUUCUCCAUGAUCAUUGACAAACUCGAAGAGGACAUCAGCAGCUCCAUGUCCAAUAGUACAGCCACCUCUAAGCCCCCUGUCACACUGCGCAUUGUUGUGCCUGCCAGCCAGUGUGGCUCUCUCAUUGGCAAAGGUGGCUGCAAGAUCAAAGAGAUCAGGGAGUCAACGGGAGCUCAGGUACAAGUGGCAGGAGACAUGCUGCCUAACUCCACUGAAAGAGCCAUUACCAUUGCUGGGACGCCGCUGUCCAUCAUUGAGUGUGUCAAACAGAUCUGUGUGGUCAUGCUGGAGUCUCCCCCCAAAGGUGUCACCAUCCCGUAUCGACCUAAACCCUCAGGUUCGCCUGUUAUCUUCGCUGGAGGACAGGCAUAUGCGGUGCAGGGACAGCAUGCCAUUCCCCAACCUGAUCUCACUAAACUUCACCAAUUGGCAAUGCAGCAAAGCCCAUUUCCUUUGGCCCCAAGCAGUCAGGGCUUCACUGCUGGGAUUGAUGCCACCGCACAGACUGGCUCUCAUGAACUGACCAUUCCAAAUGACUUGAUUGGCUGCAUCAUUGGCCGUCAAGGUGCCAAGAUAAACGAGAUCCGUCAGAUGUCAGGAGCGCAGAUCAAGAUCGCCAACCCUGUUGAGGGCUCCAAUGAUCGCCAAGUUACCAUCACCGGCUCCCCUGCAAGCAUCAGCCUGGCCGAAUACCUCAUUAAUGCUAGACUCUCUUCUGAGGCAACAGGACUGGCUGCAAACUGAUCUUCUCAAAUGCCGCAUCUCCAUUAGACAGUUACCCCCCACCCCCAACUUCACAUACACACACGUGCACACACUCACUUUCUGUGCAAAAAAAAAGAAAAAAAAAGGCAACCAAGUAUUCUCAACCUAGCUUUUGUCCUCACCCACCCGAGCUGUGCUUCAUAAAUAUAUGCUUCAUGAAUAUAUUUUCUGGAAGUAAAUAUGCAUAGGUAUUUUAUUUAUUUAUUUCAUGGACGUGUUUUUAAAAUCCCUUUGCUUAUAGUUUUUAACACUUUUGGUUUUCAAUGUAUAUCCUGUUGUACACAUUAAGAUUUGAAAGUAAUGGGGAAAAUCUGAAAAGACAAAUAUCCAGUUUUUUUGUUGUCAGAUUUUUCUUACAAAACACAUGGAAAAAAAAAAUAAAAAAACAGUAACAGAUGAUAAAUCCACAGCUUUUUCCCUGUAUCAUACAAAUUUGUCUAUUUAUUUUAAUUUAUAUCUAGGAAAUAUUUUGGGUUUGGAUGAAUUUGAGCAGACAAGCUCAUCGCCUGUUACCUGAUUCUGUUUUGUUUUUGUUUUUCCCCCUCGCCUUUUGUUAUCCGUCACCAGUUGUAGGGUGUUUCAGUGGACUUCAGACUGCAGUGGUUUUGUUGAUUUUUGUUGGUCAAAUAUUUUGUCAUUCCUGUAUGUUUUAUAUACUUUUUUUUUCCCCAGAAGUUGAAGGCCAUUUUGAUAAAGGGAUGGGUAAGAGUGUCUUGGACGUUUCUGAUAAAUUGAUAAAUAUUACUGAUAUAAUAAUGAGUUGAAAAUAUUUCUUUUAAACAGAGAGAAUAUUUUUUUUAACCUAUUGGGGUGGGGAGCCUGCAAAGGAUUCCAAACUGACUCAUUGUUUAUAUGGUGCGACUGAUUAAUCAACUAGAAGGAUCAUUCUAGAAGUAACACUAGUUUCCUCUUUUCUCUAUUUGCUUGGUUAAAAUUUUUAUUUUGUAAAGGAGAACCUAAAACCUUUUUUGUGCACGUUUUCAGAAUAUUGUAGAUUUGAAGUGCAACAGGAAUGAAGAAUUAUAAAUGCAAAUUAAAAUGAUGUGAAAUGCUGAAACAACUAAAA